AGGAAUCCACACAAAGGGAAGGAGGACUCUUACACAAAUUUGCCUAGUUCUCUUUUCUUCACCAUUUUCCUUUGGUUGUACGGGCCAAGGAUGUUGCAUCUCCUACUUCCAUUGCUGCUGUUGAUCUCCAAUGUGGUGCAAUCACAUUCGGCCAUCGUCGAGAGCCUGCCGGGUUUCCCCGAAGAUCUUCCCUUCAAACUCGAAACCGGAUAUGUUGGGGUAGGAGACUUGGAUGAAGUGCAGCUAUUCUACUACUUCAUCGAGUCCGAGAGGAGCCCCAAGGCGGACCCGUUGUUGGUUUGGCUCACUGGUGGUCCCGGUUGCUCCUCUUUGUCAAGCCUCCUCUACGAAAUUGGUCCGCUGCAGUUUGAUUUUUCAAGUUCUAGUGGAACGAAACCGAUUUUAAAGUCAAAUCCUUAUGCCUGGACAAAGGUCGCCAACGUCAUAUUUUUGGAUGCACCCGUGGGUACAGGAUUUUCAUAUGCAACGGCAGAGGCGGGAUACAAUGUUAGUGACACUUCCUCGGCAGCACAAGCGUACGAGUUCUUAAGAAAGUGGCUUCUAUCUCACCCCAAUUUCCUCGCAAAUCCGCUUUACAUCACCGGCGAUUCUUACUCUGGCGUUGUUAUCCCCAUCAUCGUUAAAAAUAUAUACGAUGGAAAUGAAGCUGGAAACGUCCCGCAAAUGAAUAUCGUGGGUUAUACGCUAGGCAAUCCGGUGAAUUGUGACGAGAAGGACAUGAGUUUUAGAAUUCCAUACGCUAACAAGAUGGCUCUCGUAUCUGAUGAACUUUAUGAGACAACGAAAACGGAUUGCAAUGGAGAUUUUCAGAAUGUAGAUCCCACCAACAGCGCCUGCCUAAUUGACCUUGAAAUGGUGUCACUGUGCCUUGAGAAGAUAUUUUUGGCUCAAAUAUUGGAACCAUCAUGUAAUCUCAUAUCUCCAAACCACACAAGGCUAAAAUGGAGCAGAAGUAUGCUCGAAGAGAAUGCCGUCGAUGUCGUUUCGAUGCCCCACGAAUCCAGGCCAUGGUGUCGGCCCUAUAACUACAUAUACUCUUACAUUUGGGCCAACGAUAAGAACGUCCAAGAAGCCCUUCACGUACGAGAGGGCACGAAGGAAGAGUGGAAUAGAUGCAACCAUACUCUAUCUUACACAAAGGACGUUCUUGAUAGCGUAGUUUAUAAUAAAUACCUCUCUCAGAAAACCCUGCGUGCCCUUGUUUACAGUGGUGAUCAUGACAUCGCUAUCCCGUACGUGGCCACACUGGAUUGGAUAAGAUCACUCAAUUUAACUUUAGAAGGUUCGUGGUCGCCUUGGUUUGUCGAAGGUCAAGUAGCCGGAUAUUCUAUAUUAUAUUCCGAAAAUAGCAAGUUCGACUUGACGUUUACAACAAUUAAGGGAGGGGGACACACAGCUCCGGAGUAUAAACCGAAACAAUGUCUUGCAAUGGUUGACAGAUGGUUCUCUUAUUACCCUCUCUAGCUAACUUUCAUUGGUCGUUAGGUUAAUAGUCGGACCAAUUCCAAAUUUGUGACCCGAUGAUAAUGUGAUUCUGAAUGUAUCUUUCCUAUCAGACUAUCCGAUGAUUUUUUUUAUGAGGGAGCUUUGGCUCUAAGCGAGGGAUGCAAGAUAUAGUUAGACUCGUGGCUGUCACAACAGUUAGACCUAAAAAUAAAGCUGCGGACUGGGUCGUUAAAGCCCAA